GGAGAUCUGGGUCCUUUCAAUCCUGGCUUGCCGGUGGAAGUGCCUCUGUGGUUGGCCAUUAAUCUGAAGCAGAGGCAGAAGUGUCGGCUGAUUCCUCCGGAGUGGAUGGACGUUGAAAAACUGGAGGAAAUCCGAGACCGGGAACGUAAAGAGGACACCUUCACUCCGAUGCCCAGUCCCUAUUAUAUGGAACUCACAAAGCUGCUGUUAAACUAUGCCUCAGACAACAUCCCCAAAGCCGACGAGAUUCGAACGCUGGUGAAGGAUACCUGGGACACCCGGAUCGCCAAGCUGCGGCUGUCUGCAGACAGCUUCGUCAGGCAGCAAGAGGCUCACGCCAAGCUGGAUAACUUAACCUUGAUGGAGAUCAACACGACCGGGACUUUCCUUACUCAAGCCUUAGAUCACAUGUACAAGCUCCGGACUAACCUUCAGCCUGGCGAGAGUGCCCACUCCCAGGAUUUCUGA